UCUGACUCCAGACCCUUCUAAAGCUUCAUUCAUCGUCUGAAUAUCUUGUGUGGUACAGCAGAACCUCUUGCCAAAAUGAGCCUGUCAGCUAAGGAAAAAGUAAUCGUCAAGGACUUCUUUGCGAAAGUCUCCAGCCGGUCCGACGAGAUCGGCGCCGAGGCUCUCGCCAGGUUGAUCGUGGUGUACCCCCAGACCAAGUCUUACUUCGCCCACUGGAAGGACCUGAGCCCCAACGGGGCUCCGGCUAGGAAGCAAGGCAUCACGGUCAUGGGUGGCUUGUACGAGGCGGUGAGCAAGAUCGAUGACAUGGCCGGUGGUCUCCUUACUCUGAGCGAGCUGCACGCCUUCGUGCUUAGAGUUGACCCCGUCAACUUCAAGAUUCUGUCCCACUGCAUCAUGGUGGUCUUGUCCAUGCUGUUCGCCGAGGAGUUCACCCCUCAGAUCCAUGUUGCCGUGGACAAGUUCCUCGCCCUGGUGGCCCUGGCUCUGUCCGAGAAGUACCGCUAAAGGACCAAUCAGCACCAACACGCCAGCACUCACACCUGCUGUGGUCCUUAGUGUGGAAAUAAUGCUCUUCUUCUUUGAGAAAUAAAA